AUGUCAUUUGUUUGUGGUGUGGCUUUCAGUCAACUACAAGGUUCAUCAUUACCUAUUCAACACAUUCUACUCUAUGAAGCAAUUGCUAAUUCUACGUUAAGUUUAUGGAGUAAUAAAAGAUCAACCAUUCCAAUAGAAGAAUUAAUUCGCAUACUUAGUGAUAUUGCUAGUACUAUUCAUGGAAAUUUUGCAUCAGGUCUUAUUCAUGAAGAGAAACUGAACGAGAUUUGCAUUCAAACUAUCAAAGAUUCACUGGGUAACAAUGUUUAUACUAAAGAAUAUAUCGAAGAAAUUGAAAAUCAAGCAUCUGAAUUCGUAUGA